GUCUUGUAAAUCAUAAUGGUUAUGCCAAGAAUGGGUUUUCUUCUCUUCACUUCAACUCUUUCAUGUGUUUGUGGGCCACGCAAAAGCCCAUUAACGGCCCGUUAAAAGUAAAGGCUACUUAUCGUUCCCCUGGUGAUUCUGAGAAGCUUCUGACAUUGUCCAUACCUUUCUUACCCUUUGGGCUAACAUUAACUAAGAUUUUAUGAGACAGCUUCACAUAUGCCACUGCUUCCUUACAUAACCCUAACCAUGCAUCUGAGCUGAGCAGCCAUGGCAAAACAGUAAUUGUUCAUAUCAUGAUUGAACUGAUCAACGAAUUUAACGGUCAGGAUUAGUGUCGAAACCAAAAGACAAGAGUCGGUCUAUUCGUACAAAAGGCAGCCGCAUAAGUCCUUCCCAGACUAAGGCUUUUGCUUGUUCCACCUUUUCUGCCCGCCACCUCUCUUUUUCAUCAAUUCAACAAAAACCAUCAAAUUAUAAUCCAAACCCAUUUUGUUAUAAAUCCAAUCUAAGAUCCUUCACUUGGUUUCUCAUCUAUUAAAAGAUAGAUUUUCCCCUCCCAUCAAAACUCCACAAUUAGUUUUUGUUCUUGUUAAUAUUGCCAAUUUGUUCUAAUGCUUGUGUUUUUCCUUUUUGCUUUUGAAAUCACAAAUCAAUAAACUCCCUUUCAAUCUCUAUCAACAUGGCCACAGGAAAUCCUUUAUACGCAAACCCAAAACUAUGCAAGCAUCUUGCCGAUUACAAGCUCAGACAUGCCUUGAGUUGCUAUAAGUCCCUUCAAAAUUGCCUUAAAACUACUCCAAAUGGAAGAACCAGCAUUUAUAGGAGUGAAACAAAGAUAACUAGAUGCUGUUCUUGUAAUGGGUAUCAAGGUAGAUUCCUUCUGUGUUUGAUUUGCUCGUCAAUCUCUUGUUCAAGCCACGCCCUUUUGCAUGCUCAGUCAGAGAAUGGUCAUGAUGUAGCUGUUGACAUUGAAAGAUCGGAGCUUUAUUGCUGUUUGUGCAGUGAUCAGGUCUAUGAUCCUGAUUUUGAUAAGGUUGUCGUGUCCAAGAUCAUGAUGGACAUGCCAAAUAAUACUCAUGUUGAUGAUGGUAUAAGGAGAUCAAGCAAGAGGAGGAAAUUGAAUUCAUUAAUGGAUUUGGAUUUAAAGAAGUCUAAACACUUGGUUUUGAUGAGGGAUCGAAGGGAAAAAUCGUGUUAUCCAUUGGGAUUGAGAGGAUUGAACAAUUUGGGCAGUACUUGUUUCAUGAAUUCUGUGUUGCAAGCAUUGCUUUAUGCACCCCCUUUCCGGAAUUACUUCUUGAGCGGUAGGCAUGACCGUGAAACCUGUAGGAAAAGAUCAUCAGAUCGGUUAUGUUUGGCGUGCAAUAUUGAUGUUAUUUUCUCAGCUGUGUAUUCUGGGGAUCGAACACCUUACAGCCCAGCUCAGUUUCUUUACAGUUGGUGGCAGCAUUCGGCAAAUCUAGCUAGUUACGAACAGCAGGAUGCUCAUGAAUUCUUCAUUUCGGUGUUAGAUGGUAUCCACGAGAGAGAAGGAAAUGGAAGAAUUCCAACUAAAGAUAAUGGAGAUUGUCAGUGUAUUGCUCAUAGGGUUUUCUCAGGGAUGUUGAGAUCAGAUGUCACUUGCAUGACCUGUGGGUUUACUUCCACCACUUAUGACCCCUGUCUUGACAUUUCACUCAACAUGAAUACAAAUAAUUUGUCUUCAAUAGAUGUUGCUAACAAGUCUGUUAGACCAAACGAGAAUUCCACCAGAUGUACUCUUUCAGCCUGUUUGGAUUUGUUUACAAGGCCAGAAAAGUUGGGUUCAGACCAGAAACUUUACUGUCAAAAUUGUAAAGAAAAACGGGACUCCUUUAAGCAAAUGUCAGUUAGAAGACUCCCAUUGGUGUUGUCAUUACAUAUCAAACGAUUUGAGCACUCUGCAGUUAGAAGGAUGUCGAGAAAAAUUGAUUGGCAUUUGCAGUUUCCAUUCUCCUUAGAUAUGACAUCAUAUUUGUCAUCCUCAAUUGUGAGAAGCAGAUUUGGGAAUAGAAUUUUUACCUUUGAAAGCAAUGAAGCAGAUACAUCACCAGAAUUUGAGAUUUUCGCUGUGAUCACUCAUUCAGGGAUGCUGGAAUCAGGACACUACGUGACUUAUCUUCGCCUCAGAAACCAAUGGUAUAAAUGUGAUGAUGCAUGGAUUACGGAGGUUGAUGAAGCAAUUGUGAGAGCUUCACAAUGUUAUAUGAUAUUCUAUGUGCAGAAAAUGCUUUACUACAAAGCUAAUGAGGAUUGGAGUUGUACACCAAUGUCCUCUAGAAAGGAUCCAUUUUUUCCAAUUGCUGGUUGUUGCUAAACGGAGUCUUUCCUCUGUGAUUGGCAGUAAUCAGAAAUGACUGUUACCCUUCAAGUUAAGCUGCACACAUAUUGAGACAAGAAACAGAAAGUUUCCAACAAUGGAGUGUGCUUUCGGAAUCAAAUCACUCAGCCAAGAAGAAAUCACAUUUGACUGCUGCAAUCAAAGGUUGAGUCAUCAAAGAAAUCAAAUUGCUGCAAGUUAAGUUUCGGAUUCAUGAAGACUAUCCAUUUGAAAGAGAUGAGAUGCCAAGUUCAUUUACCUCCAACUGAUAACUUAAUGGACAUAUGACAAUCAGCUUUGAGAGAUAUUGCCAAAAAGAAGCGACUUCUCUAAAUGAGUCUGUUCUAGCUUUGGUUUUGCAUUAUUUUUUGCUGUGAAUUCUUUGACUGCAGGUCAGUCAUGUACUUGAUUAAUUUUUAUUCAUUCAUAACUAAUGGAUAAUCCACACUAAUUAGCUUCA